AUGACAGCUGACCUCUUCAGCUUUCACACACCCUGCAUUCUCAGAGGAAGUGAGAGAACAGCCCGGGUUGGGUGUCACCCUCGAGUUCCCUGCUCCUUGUCACGUCAGCCUGCACCUUUCUCCUGUCCGGGAAUGCCAUCUGAGCGCUAAUUAAUCCCCCGGAGACGCGGCUUUAACCGCGGAGCCCAAACGUCACUCAGCAGCAUAAUGCUCGAUAGAAGGCUAUCCAUAUUCAUGUUUAACCGAAAGUGAAAUAAAUUCAAUUAAGUUCGAAAGUAUUUAACCGGCUAAACAGCGGUGACUUGAGGUCAGCUCCUGCCAAAGCUUAAGUUAUUUUUUAAGUAAGAAAAGGACAUUUCUAAGGAAAAACAAGCAGGGUCUCCUCAGAUUGGUUCCAGUACUGGGUUUGUAGCGGUGGGCCUGACCGAUCGCUGUAAUGCAGCAGCCGUCACGUCCCUCAACCCGGGGGGCUGGUCCUGAGACGGCCGUCCCUGGGACCUCCAUGGAGAUAACGAGAGAGGAGCCUUAAUCCCAUCCCCAUGACUACCAUCACCAAGGGGAACACUUUGAGCAGAUCCCGCUGAAGAGGACCUUCAAGUCCAAAGUGCUGGCUCACUACCCGGAGAACAUUGAGUGGAACCCCUUUGACCAGGAUGCCGUCAACAUGCUCUGCAUGCCGAAGGGCCUGUCGUUCCGGACACAGCUGGACGGCCGCGAGCCUCGUUUCCACUCCUUCAUCAUCACCCGCGAGGACGGGUCCCGUACCUACGGCUUCGUCUACACCUUCUACGAGGAGGUGACCAGCCCGCAGAUCUGCGCAGCCAUGCAGACUCUCUACCAGAUGCAUCACGCGGAGCACACCUCCGCCGCCACGCCGACGGCCUCCGCCUCCUCGUCCUCCUCGUCUUCAUCCUCCAGCAUGGAUUCGCUGGCCAGCAGUCUGGACGAGACGGAUGGCUCCAGCCCGGGGAAGGGGACGCCGGUGGCGGGGGCAGCGUCGACGCCGUGCGAGGGCUGCUCGGGGGCGUAUGACGCGUCGCGCGACACGCUGUACGUCUCCAAGGCGCUGUGCCUCAUCACGCCCAUGCCCUUCAUGAACGCCUGCCGGCGCUUUCUGCGGCAGCUGCACCGAGCCGUCACCGCUACCCAGCCGCCCCCCCUGCCGUUGGAGAGCUACAUCCACAAUGUGCUCUACGAGGUGCCACUGCCCCCCCCCGGCCGCUCGCUCAAGUUCCACGGCGUCUACGAGCCCAUCCUGUGCCAGCGGCCCGGACCCGGAGAGCUACCCCUGGCCGACUUCCCCCUGGGGGAGGCCUUCCAGCUGCUGGGGGUGGAGAACCUGGUGCAGCUGUUCACCUGCGUGCUGCUGGAGAUGCAGAUCCUGCUCUACUCUGAAGAUUACCAGCGCCUGAUGACCGUCGCUGAGGGCAUCACUACCCUGCUCUUCCCCUUCCAGUGGCAGCACGUCUAUGUACCCAUCCUGCCCGCCUCCCUGCGGCAUUUCCUGGAUGCGCCCGUGCCCUACCUGAUGGGCCUGCAGUCCAGAGAAGGGAUGGACCGCUCCAAGCUGGAACUGCCUCAGGAGGCCAACCUCUGCUUCGUGGACGUCGAUAACCACUGCAUCGAGCUCCCGGAGGAUUUCCCCCAGUUUCCCAGUAAGGUGCAUUUAAUCCAGGAACUGAAUGAGGUGCUACUGCACUUUGGCCUGUCGCCUGAAGGGGGCGACCCGCUCAGCCCCACCCGUGGCCAGCUGAAGAGCCGGGCGCUGCACGACCUGGUGGACGACCGGCGGAACGGAAACCUCGGCGGCGAGGCGCUGGCGGUGCUGGAGCGGCUGCAGGACUUGGCCACGCGCACGGGCGUGACGGUGGGCCCCGUGGGGCCCUUAGAACGGGCAGGCGAGGCAGAGGGAGAGCCGUGGACCCGCAUCACCGGCCAGGAGGAGGAGCUGCUAGAAGCCCAGCUGACUGUGCAGCUGAGGGAGGUGUUUGCCAACCGCUUCGCCAACAUGUUUGCCGAUUACGAGGCCUUCGUCAUUCAGAGCGCCAACGACCUGGAGUCCUGGCUGACCAACCGCGAGCAAAUGCAUAACUUUGACAAGGCGUCCUUCCUGUCCGACCAGCCGGAGCCGCAUCUGCCUUUCCUGUCGCGCUUCAUCGAAACCCAGAUGUUCGCCAGCUUCAUCGACAACAAGAUCAUGUCUCAGUGGGAGGAGAAGGACCUGCAGCUGCGCGUGUUCGACGGCCGCAUCAACAAGAUGCGGAUGUAUGGCGUGCGGGCCCCCGGCAUGCGCUCCUCCGGGUACCAGCGCUGCACCAUCCUCCAGGACUCAGCCCAGGCCAUCGAGCAGAGGCUGAUGAAGAUCGACCACACGGCCAUCCACCCGCACCUGCUGGACAUGAAGAUUGGCCAGGGCAAGUACGAGCAGGGCUUCUUCCCCAAGCUGCAGGCCGACGUGCUGGCAGUGGGACCGACCAAUAACAACAGGUGGUUCAGUCGCACAGCUCCCCCUCAGCGCAGAAAGGAGCGGCAGCACAGGCAGCACACGGAGCACCUUGUGCUGGACAAUGACCUGAAAGAGAAAUACAUGCAGGAGGCACGCAGCCUCGGGAAAAGCCUGCGGCAGCCCAAACUCUCGGACCUCUCUCCCGCCGUCAUCGCCCAGACCAACUGGAAGUUCGUGGAGGGCCUGCUGAAGGAGUGCCGUGCAAAGACUAAGCGCAUGCUGGUGGAGAAGAUGGGCAAGGAGGCAGCGGAGCUGGGCCACGGCGAGGUCAGCAUCACCGGCUUGGAGGAGAACACGCUCAUCGCCAGUCUGUGCGACCUCCUGGAACGUAUCUGGAGUCACGGCCUGCAGGUCAAACAGGGCAAGUCUGCCCUGUGGUCCCACCUGCUACACUUCCAGGCGCGAGAGGAGAGGCUGGAGCUGCAGGCCGAGUCGCCAGUUUCUUAUGGGCCAGAACGGAGGAAGUCAGAAACGAGUGUGGGCUUGCCUUAUCUCAGAGUGUCGCUCAUGCAGGAUAUGAGGCACAUUCAGAACAUAAGCGAGAUCAAGACGGAAGUAGGCCGUGCUCGAGCCUGGAUCCGCUUGUCCCUGGAGAAGAAACAGCUCUCGCGGCACCUCAAACAGCUGCUCUGCAAUGUGACUUUAACAAAGAAGCUGUACAAGCGCUACGCCUUCCUCCGCUGCGAGGAGGAGAAGGAGCAGUUCCUCUAUCACCUCCUGUCCCUCAACGCUGUCGACUACUACUGCUUCACCGGAGUCUUCACCACCAUCGUGAUUCCGUACCAUGUGGUCAUCAUUCCCAUCAAGAAGCUGAGCAAUGCUAUGACCACCUCCAACCCCUGGGUGUGUGUGUCGGGCGAGCUGGGUGACUCAGGCGUCAUGCAGAUCCCCAAGAACGUGCUGGAGAUGACAUUCGAAUCUGCUUUUAGGCGCCAUCACAUACGUAUCUCCACAGCAUUCAAGUGCCAGAAUCUGGGCAAGCUCACCACCGUCCAGCUAGGCCACGACAAUGCGGGGCUGCUGGCAAAGUGGCUGGUGGACUGUGUGAUGGUGCGCAACGAGAUCACUGGACACACCUACAAGUUCCCCUGUGGCCGCUGGCUGGGAAAGGGCGUGGACGAUGGUAGCCUGGAGAGGGUCCUGAUUGGCGAGUUGCUGGUGCCAGCCGGGGACGAGGAGGGGGGGAAGACGUGCCGAACCCCCCCACAGCAGCGUUCCCCGACCCAGGCCAGGCGCAGCAGCAUUACCUCUAUAACUGGGCGUGGUGGCAAGCCCAACUGCGCUCAGAUCCAGGAGGCGAUUGGCGAGGCGGUGAACAACAUCGUCAAACACUUUCACAAGCCCGAGAAAGAGAGAGGCAGCCUGACCCUCCUUUUGUGCGGUGAAAAUGGCUUGGUCUCUUCCCUGGAGCAGUUCUUCCACCAUGGCUUCAAGACUGCCCGCCUCUUCCAGAAGAACGUUUUUGUUUGGGACUUUGUGGAAAAGGCCACGGCCUACCUGGAAAGUGCUGACCAGGUGGGGGACCUACAGGAAACACCAAAGCCCGUGGGCCUCAGCUGCGAGACCUUCUGCCGGUAUGUCAACGGCAUCAACGGCACGUCCCGGAGCAUCGGCAAGGACGGCAAGUUCCAGCUGCUGGUCUGCCUUGGAGCCAGAGACCGCUUGUUACCCCAGUGGCUCCCCCUGCUGGUGGAGUGCCCCCUAAUCACGCGCAUGUAUGAGGAGAAUGCCCUGCUGCGAGACCGAACCACUGUUAACUCGCUCAUCAGCGUCCUUCAGACGCUGCACGACUUCAGCAUCACCCUGGAGUCCUCCCUCACCAAGGGCGUCCAACUGUAGCCAGCCAAGAGAUCAGGCUACAGUGAUUUGUACACAAACUUCUGCAGAUGCUCAAACAUCUACCCCUAUACACAAUACUUACGUACAUACACCUGCAGACUAACGCCCUGCAGCAGGAACAGGAAGAGACGAAGACGUCCGAAAUGUGGAUUUACUGUAAGAAACAAGAUGCCAUUGUGUUAGGGCAGCCUUUGUGUGUGUGUUGUCCAAGUAUGGACACAUAAUUGCCUAACUUGCUAUUUAACGGAUUUUGAAAAUUAGUAGCAAACUUAAACCAAUGAUAUUUUCUUAGUGCUAGUUUUUUUUGUGUAAAUAUCUUUUUUGUGAUGCUGGUUCUGAAGAGUUUACUGCACCUCUCAGUGGUCUGUGCAUUAGCUUCUAGCCUAGCCCAUCUGGCUGAAUUUGAAUCCUACCCUAGGCGUUUUCCACGUGAUACUGCAGAAAGACGAGGUGUGGUAGCGAAAGCUGGCUUUCGUGGUAUGUGGGGGGGUGGGUGGUGGGAGGAGCUUCUCAGGAGCAGUGGUUUUCUGCAGACCCCGUGAUUUAAGUGUAUGGCGCCUGGACGUCUUCACAUAGACUGCAUGUUGCUCUGCAGCCCAGCGCUGCACCGUUUAUGCCCCUAAGUGCUGUGGCGAUUGGCCGCUGGCUUUGCACACGCCCACUCUACAGAACUGGAGAUCUGAGAGGCCCUUCUUCUGUCAUGCUCGAGUGGCAGAGCUUUCAGCAAACGGGACAUUCCAGUGUAUGGAAGGGGACAAACUGACCCCAUGGGCUUCUCCUACCCUCGGAUGCCUGCCGAAGGCAUGCUUGCACCUGCAUUUUUGUUUCUUUACUGGGAACUCUGAGCACUUCUGUGGUUCCAGUAUCACGCACAUCGACUGAAAUCUACAAACCCAUACUCUGAUUUUUGUCUGGUCAUCGUCUAAGAAUGGUGUGUAUUGUUAAGUGUCUCUCCAAAAUUCUCUCUCCCGCACCCAAACAAAAGGAUGAAUCAAAAUACUACUAUAUAUAUAUAUUUUUGCCAAGAAUUUCAAGUAUAGUCCCAUAGUCUCAGGGCUGGUUUGCCUCCUAAUUUUUCAGAAACAAAACAAUAGUACAAGGAACUGGUAAGUGUAAACUGGCAUUUGCAUGAAUAGCAAUAACCUUAAUUAACGGUCUCGUUUUUUUCCUGCACAAAGCAGCAACCCACUGAAGGUCCAUUCAGACCCAUCACAGAAUUAACUUGUUUGGGGAUAGUUCAUAUUUUUUAAAAUUUAAACAUAUUUUUUUAUUCCAUCUGUGGAUCCUAAUGUCUGAUACUGGUACUGAUAACAUACACCAUUUUCCACAUGUAUCUACAGUUAAAACCAAGUUUUAAAGUCUGGUUGUAUAGGAAUACAUGUCAAAUAUUUGCACAAACAGCCCCCAAGCCUACUGUUAAAAUGUAGUAUGCUGCACAAGGACAUAAUUGUGUUUUAAUUAUACCCUCCUUAAUUCAUUAGACAGUUAAAUUACUCGUGCAUGUGGUUCUGUAGUAUCUGCACACCUUCUCCCAUUUUUGAACAGGCAGAAGUGAACCAGGAAAAAAUCCUAGUGUAAAAUUUAGUGUUGGCGAUUUUCUGGUGUUACUUUAAGGAUGCAAUAGAUAAUCGCCUUUAAAGGUGCCUCAGACUAUUUAUUAAGGUAAUGCAUUCAUUUUCCAACGACCAAACAUUAUUUGCUUUAUUAAAUGACUUGGUGUACACUUGGCAGUGGCUGGGAGAUGUGAAUUACACGGGCAACACACGAGUUUUCUCCUGUUAUACCUAUAAUACCAUUUUGGACAAUUUGUCCAAAUUUAGUUUUUCCCUUUGAGAAGAAUAUGGAUACGUGGGUGGUGGUUGGAUUUUUUUCCUGACUGCAACGAAAUGUUAAAGUCCCGUAAGUCCAAUACACUGGUAUAAUUUUAAAUGGGACUUAAAGUUCGUUAAAGUUCAAGAGUAUUCUUUUCCUCCUUGCAUUUUUGUUCUGUACAAUUUACAUACCGUCACAAGGAACCUCUGAGAAAGACACCUUUUGAAAUUGCACUGUACAUUUUGAAACCAAUGUCCUUGGCCUUGUACAUCUGUCAUUGUUUUGUCCUAUUAAUGUUAAUGUGAAUGAUCUGGGUAGGUUACAAAGGAUUCCUGAGUCUAAGUGCAUAUGAUCUUUACAUAUCACUGUUGUGUUAUAUUCUUUAUGGAAUCUUUCAUUAAAGAUGCUCUUUACAUCCAUUUAAA